AUGCACCCAAAGCAACUUCUCCCGCUGCUCCUUCUCGUCACCGCGCCCCUUGCUGCUUCUGCACCCAUGACCCGAGGAAAAAAGACGAUUCACGAUGCCAGCACCUCGCUGGCCAACAAAGUCGCUUCUCUGCAGCAGCAAGUCAGUGAGCUGCAGUACAAGCUCAACACAGGAGCGUCAGCAACGGCAGGAGCUCAGAACAUGGCCAGCGCAAGUCUACCUGGCCUGGAUGCCUUCUUAGAGACGGUUGGCAAUGUUGCUACGAGUCAACAGCGACGAGGCUGGCAGAACAAGCUGGAUGCAGCACGACAAGAGCUCGACAGGCUUACGCCGCUUCUUCAGCAGCAGCAACAGCAGCAGCAGGACGAGCAAGACUAAGCAAGGGACGUCGUGAGAAAGCGUGAGG